AUGUGUUUUGCUGCACAGAAGAAUGAUGGAGUUGUUGAUGUGUAUUUUGAGCAUGGGGUGUCCACACCAGAGGUGAUUGCAGGGAAGGAAGUUGUAGUAUGGCUUGAUGACAUUUGUGAGGGAGACUUGGUGAGCAAGAAGAACACUAGUGAGGGUCCCAAAGCUGAUGGCAACACAUCAAACCCAACUACAAAAUCGAAUCACAUCCCAAAUGCAAACCCAAGCCCCAAAAACAAUCCUAUUCCAACCCCCUUGAAACCAACCCUGGCUCAUGACAAACCCAUUCUGAAGUCCAAUUCUAAAUCAAAGCCCAAGCUUAAGUCAAAGCACAACCCAACAUCCAUCUCCAAACUCAAACUGACUGAAAAAUCCAUUCAGAAGCCCAACCCAAGCCUGAAAACCAAGCUGAGAGAGCCUACCAAGGCAUGCUCCACAGCAAAAGUCAAAGGCAAAUCAAAAAUGAAAUCCAAACCUCAAUUCUUACCUAAGAGAAUUACAAGAUCUUCAACUGCUGGAACAUAUAGAAGGUCUGCUAAUAAGGGCAAGGAAGCUUUUCAUGUUGACUUAAUUGUAAAUGAUGACUUCAGUGAUGAUGAUAGUUCAAAGGAUAGUUCCUUUAAGCAAAUCCAAGAAGACAGUUCUAACAGUGAAGACAAUGCAAGUAUGUCCAAACUGAGAAAUAGGAAACUAAAAGAAGUCAAGAGAGGUGCAUAUGCUGCUGCUAAGAACUAUUGCGAAGAAUGCAUUCUUUGUGUUCAUGCCUGUGCUGCCCUUGCAAGGCCACAGGCCCCUAACAUUAGGAGGAGGCGUGGAGCUCUGACAAAAAAAAGGAGAAAAGAUGCUGAUGAGAGGAACAAUGGUAACAAGAAAGCCAAACCAAGUGGAAGUUUGAAAAGGGUUUUGAAGCCAUUCACAUGUAGGUAUUGUGGGGUAAAAGGGCAUACUAAGAGAGGGUGCUCAAAGAAGAGACUGGAUGAAGUAGCUGCUGCUGUUGCAGCUGCAAAGGCUGCUGCAGAUAAAGCCAAAUCAAAGGCUGCUUCAGAGGCUGGCCCUCAACCUCAUACUGCUGCUUCUGCUUCACAAGUUGGCCCUCAACCUCAUACUGCUGCUGCACCAGUUGAUAAACCUCCUGCUGUGGAGAUUGAGAUAUCACAACCAAACUACGAAGGAUCACAUGACAUAAUAGGAUCUGCUGCACCUGCACCAUCAAUGCCGGACAAGUUACCCACUAAAAGGAGGAGCUCACCACCACCUCAAUCUAUUUGUGUGAAUCCAAUGCAAGGAGCCAAUGAGGCAACAUCUUUCAGAUUGGCCAAUUUUAUGAAGUUUGUUCCAACUCCCGGUUUCAGAGCACCAAGAAAAAAGAACAAUUGA